UUAACAGUCAUUGAGGAAGUGCUUGGUGGGUUGCUUGUAAAAUUGAAAAAAAUGGUUUUGGGGAAGUUUUUCAAUAACUAUAUUUAUUUUGCUAAGGUAUUAUUACUAGUAUCUUUAUGGGCUUUUCAGGUGGUUGAAGGAUCGAGGGCUGAAUUUGUAACGUGCGGUUCGAUUUUGAAGUUAAUGAACACAGAUUUGAAGUUACGACUUCAUUCUCAUGAUGUGAAGUACGGAUCAGGUUCGGGGCAGCAAUCUGUGACCGCUGUCGAGACGACCGACGACCAUAAUAGCCAUUGGCUGGUUAAAGCAGCUACAGGAGAAACUUGUAAAAGGGGAGCGCCAAUAAAAUGUAACACCAAUAUAAGACUGCAGCAUGUAUCCACCAAGAAGAACCUGCACUCACAUUACUUCUCAUCUCCCUUGUCCGGCAACCAGGAGGUCUCAUGUUAUGGGGAUGAGAAUGGGGAGGGCGACACUGGUGACAACUGGACCGUAGUCUGCAAUAAUGACUAUUGGAGGAGGGAUACACCAGUUAAAUUUCGACACAUUGAUACCUCAGCAUAUCUGGCAGGUUCCGGCAGAACCUUUGGUAGACCAAUCAGUGGCCAGGGAGAAAUUGUAGGAGUAUCUUCACAGUAUGGAGCAUACACAGACUGGCAACCUCAAGAAGGUCUAUUCGUCCACCCAAGUGACUUGUUACCGCACCAACAUGCACAGAUUAUACACACAGAGUUAUAAUUGUAUAAUAAUUAAUAUAAUUAUCUUAGGAGUUUUGUAUAAAUUGUGAUUUCCUAUAAUAUAAGCAAUGGAUGAAGUCCAAAUUAGUACUACAGCUAGAGUUCCAGUUAUUUAUUUACUUACUUGUUCUUUUAAUUUGAAUUUAUAAUUUACAAGCAGAUCCCUGUGGCUUUGUCUGUGUGGAUUUAGAUUUUUAAAAUUCCCUUAGGAACUCUUGAUUUUCCGGGAUAAAAAGUAGCUUAUGUCACUCUUCUAGACCUUAACUAUAUGCAUGCUAAAAAUCGAUCCGUUACUUGGCUGUGACGUGUUGAAGGACAAACCAACAAACACUUUUGCAUUUGUAAUAUGGGUAGUGUUAUUAAGUGUGAUAUAGAGAAUAUCAAAGAAACUUAAAACUAAACCUUUGAACUAACCUACACAUUGAAAUACCAAAAUGGUUGAAUAAUUGUUCACAAAACUGAUAACUUUCGUCUUUACUCCUGUUAAAUUAGUAUAAAUGCAUUAAUAUUAUAUAAUAUAUAAACAGCAAUAUUGUCAAAGAAAGCAAGUUCCAGCGUGUCCUUCUACAACAGGUUGACACCAUUUAUUAGGAUAUUCAUUCAUGGUCUAGUAAUAUUCAUAAUCUGGAUAGCAAAUCAUUUAACUAUCAACCAACCCAUAUAGGUUUUAAACAAGCAACCUGUAUUGGAAAAAUAUGCAAAUCUUAUGUUGUGUUAUCAGUAGAAAUAUAUAAUAGAAGCAAUUUAUUGUUCUUACAUUAUUAAGUUUAUUCUUUAUCUUAAAAACCAUUAUGUUUUAUUAAAACGUGACAAUGAAAAA